AUGGCGGAAAAUGAAAUAGUGGUCGAGGAGCAAUCACAGGAAGUGGCUCCAUCUUCUUCUUCGGUAACGGUGGAAGACGAGGAGCAAUCACAGGAAGUGACUCCAUCUUCUUCUUCGGUAACGGUUGAAGACGAGGAGGAUGAGACGUAUCUCAAGCACUUGGAUUUCGUCAAAGCCGCGGCGAUUUACAUGGCCGUCUGUUUCUCGACUCUCUACGAGUUCGCUAAGGACAACUCAGGUCCUCUCAAACUCGGUGUCGAGAACAUAGAAGCUACCGUUGAAACGGUACUCUCGCCGUUAUACGACAGAUUCCAUGACGUUCCUUUCAAGCUUCUCCUAUUCGUCGAUCGUAAGCUGGACGAUGUCUUCUUCGACGUGGAAACAUACGUUCCGUCUUUGGUGAAGCAAGCUUCUAGCCAAGCGUUAACGGUGGUGACGGAGGUGCAACGCGCCGGCGUCCUCGAUACGACGAAGAGCAUCGCCAGGAGCGUCUGCGACAAGUACGAGCCAGCGGCGGAGUAUUACGCAGCGGCCCUGUGGCGGUUGCUGAAUCGGGUGCCCUUGUUCCCGGAAGUUGCGCAGCUAGUGAUCCCGACGGCGUUUUACUGGUCGGAGAAGUACAACGACGCCGUUCGUUACGCCGGAGACAGAGACUACUACGUGGCAGACAAGCAACUGUCAUAA